CUCUCCACUUCCCUGAGACCCUUGACUUCCACGUUGACAAGGGUCUGUCUCUAAACUACUACCUUAGUAUACUGUCAGACGUGUAAGGCUGAGAAGAACACAAGUGCUUCCAUGGAAUUGGUGGAAGAGACCCCAUUAAUCGCAACAGGUGUUGCAUUCAUGUCGAAGCACAUAAUCGGCAAUUCCAUGUGAGAUAUCACGAGUCGGUCCUCCCGCGUGGGAGUGGCCAGGGCUUCUUAAAUGCAGUUCAACAUGGCCGUCCCUUCUAGAGGCGACCCCUGGAGUGCCGCCGACAUGAUCAACCUGUCACCCCCCGUUGACUGCAGUAAGCCGUACGACACGUCCACGCUCGCCGACAAGACUAUCCUCAUCACGGGUGGCGCGUCCGGCUUUGGUGCCGCCUUUGCCCGUCACUGGGCUCGGUACGGUGCCCACCUGAUCAUCGGCGACGUCAACGACCGCGCCGGCGAGGAACUCGUCGCCGAGCUGCGCUGCUCUCCCUUUGCCACCGAGGAUCAAGUCAUCACCUACCGACACUGCGACGUAACCUCCUGGACAGACCAACUCGCCCUCUUCCGAGCCGCCGCCGCUUCCUCUCCAACCGGCUCCAUCGACGCCGUCGUCGCAGGCGCAGGCAUUGUUGAGAAGGACCCUUCCUCAACCGGCGUCUUCGACCUCCCCGUUGCACUCGACAACGAUGAUGCCGCCUGCCCGCCUCCCCCACCAGCCCUCAAAGUCCUGGCCGUAAACCUCACCGGAGUGAUGUACACCACCCACCUGGCACUCUUCUACCUCUCUCUCUCGUCCAGCCCCGCCCGCGACCGCCACUUGCUCCUGAUAUCCUCCAUCGCAGGCCUGUCCCCGCUGCCCGGCCAGACCGAGUACACCGUCUCCAAGCACGGCGUGAUGGGCCUGUUCCGCGUGCUGCGCGGCACGGCGUGGACGACCCGGGGCAUACGCGUCAACGCGCUGACGCCCUACUUUGUCGACACGCCGUUGCUUCCCAAGGCUGCAUUGGCGCUUCUGGCGGGCGGAGCGAAGGCCGAGCUGGAGGACGUGGUCGAUGCCGCGACACGGCUGAUGGCGGAUGAGGAGAUCCGGGGCAGGGCGCUGCUUGUUGGGCCCAAGCUGAGGGUUGUCGACGUGCCUAAUGAUGGUGGUGGUGAGAAUGCUGCGGGCGAGGAGGCUGGGGGCUUCGAAUUCGUCGCAGGGGGACGGGAGCGGGAGGGCGAGAGGAAGCAGGCCGUGUGGGAGGUGUAUGGGCAUGAUUAUGAGCGGGUCGAGGUUUUCGUGUGGAGGUACUUAUCCAUGCUGAAUCUGACGAGGAGGCUGAGGGGAUGGGUAGGGUUGGUGAAGGAUCUAUGGGGGAUAUAUGUCACGGGGUCGCGGAGGACAUGAGGGAUCAUGCCGUGGUUGGUGCGGUGGCGCGGUGGGUAUGGAACGUUU